AUGCCCAUACUUUUACCACAACCAACCGAAACUGAUUUCAAAGCUCGAUCAGUAGAAUUUUGGGAGAGGUGGAAUUUUCCGAACUGUGUGGGAGCCAUAGAUGGGAAGCAUGUCCGUGUUGUAUGUCCAGAAAAGUCAGGAUCUCUUUACUACAGUUACAAAAACUAUUUUUCAAUUGUGCUACUAGCGAUUGUUGAUGCCAAGUCUAAAUUUUUAGCUAUUGACGUAGGGCCAUAUGGGAAAGAGGGAGAUAGCGGAAUAUUUUCAAAAUCUGCAAUGGGAAAACGGAUUUACUCAAAACAAUUUGGAUUACCCGAAAAUACUCAACUCCCUGGUUCUGACAAAAGUUUACCAUACGUCAUAGUUGGAGAUGAAGCUUUCAGGUUACAUACCCACAUUAUGAAACCUUACAAUAGAUCGCAAGCCAAGGAAGAUUUUGAAAAACAAAUCUUUAAUUAUAGAUUAUCUCGAUCAAGGCGCGUGUCUGAAAACGCAUUUGGACUUUUAAGUCAAAUAUUUAGAGUUUAUUACACACCUAUCGCAAUCAAGCCGGAAACUUGCGAUGUAUUAAUAACUGCUACAUGUUGUUUGCAUAAUUUAAUUCGCGAUGGGUAUGAAGAGCUCCAUACACAACAAAUUGAUCAACAACCAGUAGAUACUACACAGACAAAUAUGUUGCCAUUAGUCAGACACGGAGGGUAUGGAAAUACUGAAGGAUUUGAAGUUCGAGAUGCCUUUAAAUCAUUUUUUAAUGAAGAAGGAAAAUUAAAUUGGCAAAAUCAAAUAGUUUUUAGAACAUCAUAA